UGAGACUGGCGGAUCUUUCUAGAUGCAGACCUGGGGGUGGAGCCACAGUCUCACACAGCGUAGUAAUCUUGGCUGGUUUAGCAGCAGGGCAGAGUGUCUGCAAUAUAUUAAGUUUCAAAAAUGAGCGAUAACGAAAAGGGCCGGGUACGUAUAAACUUUAUUACAGCUUUUAAUGCAUUAAACGUAUAAAUGAUUGGUUUGCUUGUCAUUGAGAUUGUAACGGUAACCGCCUUCUUCAUACUGUUGGCUAAUGCUGCUCACCUUACCUUGUUGGCACAGCUCUCCCGUCGAGAACUAGGAAUUUGUACAAAUAUUAGACGGCUUUAUGCGCAAUGAAUACUUUUUUUUUUUUUUUAAGUUAUCCUUAGCUAGCUGGCUAAGGCUAGCUUAUAGACGAAAGCUAGGCCUGAUGCCUUGUGUGUUUGAAUGAGGGGUUGCAGUGCAGAGACUGCGAUGUUAAUAAAAACAAACUUUAACCAGCCAGUCCAGCCAUUACGACUACAUUUUUGUAAUUGUUAACACUAAGUAUUUUUCAUGUGAAUUUUAAGUGCGAUAAAACUUUGCGUUAGCGAAGCUCUCAGACCUCUUCAGCUUGCUUAUUGUGCAUAGAAACCAAAUGAAAUAUCUUAUGUCGACGUGGAUUCUGCCAAAGAGAACAGACUAACAAAUUUUAUCCACGUUAUUUGUCAUAUUUUAGUAAACUGAACCCCCGGACUGAAUUGUCAUUUUACGUUUGCUGAUAUUAAUCUUUGAAUAUCAUCGUGGGUGCCUUUAGUUUUUAGGCACGGCAGCUAUUUGAAACAAAACUAACGACCUCAAGAUUUCGCCUUUUUAUUCAUUUGUAUUAUCUCAUGCAGCCCACCAACGUAAACUAACAAUAUAUGGUACACCACAUGUACUAUCACUGCGGUUAGGUUUGAUCAAUACCUGCUGGGCUGACUGACCUGUGUGCAUAUCUAAACUAAAAACACUUGGCAGCAGUGUCCUUCACGUAGUGACCUGUUUAAUAUGCCCUCAUCUUGCACAGCUCCAGAAAUGCCUUUUUGUCUCUAUAAUGAAUCUCUAUGAAUCAUGCUCUGCAUUCCCAUGUUAAUGAAUGUGUGAGGGCAAAUGGCAGAUUAGGAAGCAAGAAACUGAAACUUUAUUUUUCUGCCUGUAGGACCAUGUUUUGAACUGGUUUGUAUUAGUUGCUGCAAGUGGCAGGUUGCUUGUUGCUUAACAGCCACAAUUUUUUGCCUCCUGAAUAUUAAAUUUAUAUGUUUUAUAAUGUAUUAUUAGUUGAAAUGAACAGAAUCAGGCAGCAACAGAUGUCUGUCUUGGCAUGCCCACAACAGUUUUUUUUUUUUCGUGCUGGUGAGUACAAAUGAGUGGCUGCAGCAUCUUGAGGUCGUUGGGGCAACUUUUAUAUUGAGAUUUAUUUAGAAAAAAAAUGAAGACAAUGUUGAUGGCAUUUAAUCUUGGCUAUAAAAUAUUCACAGUCAGUGGUUUGAUGAGCCCUAUGGUGUCUUAAAGGCCACUUGUCAGAAAUUAUGUAAGCAGGUUUCAUUUGGGAAAGCUUACUGUGAAAGAAGGGUAAUCUCGUGCACAGUGUCUGUCAAAAUCAAACCACUGUGAAAAAGUUAAACUUGCUUUCACAUCCUUGCCCUUCAGUUUUUGGUUGCAAUUUUUAAGAUUAUUGCACCUCACUUUUCUUUUUGUUUUUUGAGGAAGUUCUGAGAAAAAGUGGCCAGUAAAACACAAGAGUGAAAGUAAAACCACUGAGCGUGAAUAUUAAUAAAAAGUGAACACUGACAAUAUGUGUAAUGUGGUCUUUAACGUUCCCAUUAAUGUCAUAAGCUCAUAAUAAUAACACAUUAAACGUUGAAUGAGCGUGCAGUUUUAAUUGCAGUCAUAUAUUCUUCAUCCUUUUCUUUUUCAUAAAGGUUAAGGUUGGACGAAGAAAAUACGGAAGAAGUCCACUUUAUUUUCAGUAAUGUGAAGCUCAGAUGUGUGAAGCUGAAUUGUUGAAUGCAUGCUAAAACAUGAGGAGGGAAGAAGUAUGGGCAGUGUGUGAGAGAUGGGGAAGUAAGAAGAAGUAAGACAAUUGAAGAAAGAAGAAUAAUGUCAAGUAAUGAAGUUACAGAAAUGAAGUUAAGGAAGUAAUCUGGAUAAGGUCACUGCGCUAAGUAAUUUUCUGGUCUAUUUGUCAAAUGCGUGCAUGUUCUUGUUGUUCAAUACACACACACACACACACACACUAGUUUAAAUCAUUGCAAUUUUAUCUCUCAACUGACAAAUUUAUUUAUUUAUUUUUUUCCCCCCACCAUUUAACUACUUAUGACAUCAAUAUGUUUGCAUUAAUAUUAUCCAUGGCUACACAGCAUUCCUAAUUCACAACCCUAAAUUCAGUUUCUUUCCUGUAUUCUUCACAGGAUAAUCUUAAUUCUUAAAUACACAGUAAUAUUUUGGCAAAUGUUUGUGUUGAUCACUUCAUUGGUGCUGAUAAGUGUGUGUGUGUGUGUGUGUGUGUGUGUUGGUGUGUGUGGUUCGUUCAGGAGUCUCGCUCUGUAUCCAGGAGCGUGAGCCCACGGGGCUCUGGGAAGUCAGUGAGCCGCUCCCCAGCUCAUUCCCCUGCCCACUCAAAAGGAGACUCCCACCGCUCCCACUCCAAAUCUCGCUCUCGGUCCAAGUCAAAAUCUUGCACCGUUCAGCAAAAUAGCACCAGGUCUAUUUUUGACAGACGCCACUUCAAGUUGCACAGGAACGGCAAAGUAAAUCCAGUCAGUUUUCAAAAGAAAAGACUCCAGACAGACUAAAUGCUCCACUUCUGAAUCACUCAAGGUCGCAUUCCCACCGGUCACGGAGACACUACAGCCGAUCCCGCUCCCGAUCAAAGUCCUAUCAUCACCGAUCCCGCAGUAGGUCCUAUAGCGGAGAGCGUCGGCGCAGAAGCCACAGCCGUUCGCCCAUGUCCAAUCGUCGCAGGCACAUUGGCAACCGUGCUAAUCCAGAUCCAAACUGUUGCCUGGGAGUGUUUGGCCUGAGCUUGUACACCACAGAGAGGGAUCUUAGAGAAGUCUUCUCCAAAUACGGCCCCCUGGAGGAUGUCUGCAUUGUGUAUGACCAGCAGUCGAGGCGCUCCAGGGGCUUUGCGUUUGUAUAUUUUGAGAACACACAAGAUGCUAAAGAGGCCAAGGAACGAGCCAAUGGCAUGGAGCUGGAUGGGCGUAGAAUCAGGGUGGACUUCUCCAUCACAAAAAGACCCCACACCCCAACACCUGGAAUUUACAUGGGACGGCCCACAUAUGGUGGAGGCGGAGGCGGUCCAAGUGGUCCUCGACGCUACUCACGUGACUACGACCGUGGGUACGACCGCGGAUAUGACCGAGGUGGCUAUGAUCGCUAUGAUGACAGGGACUACUACAGAUCAUACAGAAGGCGAUCUCCUUCACCAUACUACAGAGGGGCUUACAGGUCUCGAUCAAGGUCACGGUCUUAUUCUCCCCGUCGAUAUUGAGCACUUCUGUCCCUCCGCUUCCCAAGCACAUGUAGGAAUUUUUUUUUCUUCUUUCUUUUUGAGAGAGAUAUAUGAUUGACUUUUCUUACUCCAAUCAUCACACAUCUUCUUGCUUAAAUUACAUAAAGUAUAGUGAAUAAUUUAUAAAGCAGUCCCUUAAUGUUUUGAAUUUUAAGUGUAUAUGAAAUCCCUGAUGUAAAUGUUAUACUCAUGUCUGACUUUUGUUUAGUGGAACAGAUUAAAAGGCAGAUCUGUUUUUCCCACCUUGACUUGUGUUCUUCCUCACAGUACUUAUACCUUCUACAACAGACCAUUGUAUUUCCAAGGAUGCUGCAGUGGAGACAUGAAUGUAUUAAAGUUUUGACUUCGUAUUGAUGUGGGUUAUUUCUACAGGAUUUUGCCUUCUUAAUUUUAACAAGAUAAAAUGUGUAGUU